UCCUUCUCCUCAAGGUAUUCAGCACUCAGCAAGGACGCUGUCAGCAGUGGAAAGUUGAGCCGAAAUGGGGAAAAUGCAGGUCCUGGGUGUAGUUGCGGUAAUAUUAGCAGUUUACUGCGCACAUGCAAAGGUUUACUUUCGGGAGGAGUUUCUGGACGGUGAUGAAUGGAGAAGUCGCUGGGUGAACUCCAAACACAAGUCUGACUAUGGGGAAUGGAAGCUGACGGCUGGCAACUUUUAUGGAGAUGCUGAGAAAGACAAAGGUCUGCAAACAAGCCAGGAUGCUCGUUUCUACGCUACCUCUGCCCGCUUUGAACCUUUCAGCAAUGAGGGCAAGCCUGUGGUCGUUCAGUUUACAGUUAAGCAUGAGCAAAAGAUCGACUGUGGUGGUGGCUAUGUGAAGGUAUUCCCCACUGACUUGGAGCAGACUGACAUGCAUGGCGACUCCUCAUACUACAUCAUGUUUGGCCCUGAUAUCUGUGGCUACAGCACCAAGAAAGUCCACGUCAUCUUCAAUUACAAGGGCAAGAAUCAUCUCAUCAAGAAAGAGAUCAAGUGCAAGGAUGAUGAGCUGACCCACCUGUACACACUGAUCCUGAAUCCAGAUCAGACCUAUGAGGUGAAGAUUGAUAACGAGAAGGUAGAAUCUGGCAGUCUGGAGGAGGACUGGGACUUCCUUCCUCCUAAGAAAAUUAAGGACCCCGAGGCCAAGAAGCCAGAGGACUGGGAUGAUCGUGCCAAGAUUGAUGAUGCUGAUGACACCAAGCCUGAGGACUGGGACAAAGCUGAAAACAUUCCUGAUCCUGAUGCCAAAAAGCCUGACGACUGGGAUGAGGAUAUGGAUGGAGAGUGGGAGCCACCCAUGAUCCCUAACCCAGAGUACAAGGGAGAAUGGAAACCCAAACAGAUCGACAACCCCAACUACAAAGGACCCUGGGUGCAUCCUGAGAUUGACAAUCCUGAGUACAGCCCUGAUUCAAACAUCUACAAGUUCGACAAUAUCGCUGUUUUAGGUCUUGACCUUUGGCAGGUGAAAUCUGGUACCAUCUUUGACAACUUCGUGAUCACUGACGACGUGAAGGAAGCAGAAGACAUUGGAAACGAGACAUGGGGUGUGACAAAGGAACCAGAGAGAAAAAUGAAACAGGAGCAAGAUGACCUGAAGCGAAAAGAAGAGGAGGAGAAGACCAAAGAACAAGACACCGAAGCUGAUGAGGAGGGUGAUGAAGACGAGGAUGAGGAAGAUGAUGACGACGUUGGCGAUGAGGAAGAUACAAAGGGCGACAUAGAGGAGGCACUUUCGGAAAUGGAUGAAGACGCAAAGCCUAAAGAUGAGCUUUGAGGGGGUGUGGCCAGAGAUUUUGUCUGUCCCUCCUUUAGAAACUCUGUCCUGUAUUUCCCAGGGGUAUUGUGGCUGCUGUGCAUCCUUUCCCUGAGAUUCGGACACAACCUAAUUUGGGUGGGGUGGGCAAAUGUAGUGAAUGUGGGCAAGUGGAUGUUAUUGGACUUAGUUUCUCUUUAAUUUUGGUCAUGAUAUUACCCUGUUGCCCCUGAACUGCUGGAUUGAUUCUAAGGUUUGUCACCUGCAAAGUCCAUUCCUCAUUUUGUAAUAACAGAGAAUAAGGAGGCACUGACACCCACUGUUUUCUUGAUUUUCUUGAUCUCUACAUCUAUUUGAUAUGCAGAUUCCCUUGCACAGGUCGCACAAUCAACCAGAAACUGUGAUAAAAAUGACACAUUGAGAUUUACAGAGAAUAAGAGUUAGCCAUUCAGAAUUUAACUUCAUUGUCCCUGGAGGAAAAAAACAUCUCUUGCAACAAAAAAUGCACAUAACUGAACAUAUAAUGCAUAAAGUAUAAGACUUACUGCGAAAAGCUAAUCACAAAUUACAGACAGAAAUCAAGAUUGUAUCAUAACUUAUUGUGACUGUCUGUGGCACUGACUUUUUUAUUUUCCCUCCCACACUCUUUAAGGCAUAACUGAAUGAAGUGUUUAGACAUAAAAUAAUUUUCAUCAAAGCGCAACAAUGAAAUAGUUUUCUACGUUGAAAUGACUUGAAUGUCGUCAUGGUUAUGUAAUGGGACCUGCAUUUUUUCUUGAAAGUCUGGAGAAACAGAUGGUGAGCCCCUGCUGUGACUCAUGACAUCACUGAGGGUCACAUACUUAUUUUUAUUGGACAGAAUGUUAUUGAUACCAAAGUUUUUAUUAAAAGAUUAUAACCUUA